GUAUGCACACACAAAACAAAAACCCUUCCUUUUCCAGUCUUUUUUCACAAGUUAAAACUCUCUCUCUCUCUCUCUCUCUCUCUCUCUAGAACAUCACCUCUUCUUCUCUCUCUCUCUCUCUCUCUCUCUCUCUCUCACCAAACCCUAGCUUUCUCUCUCCCAAUCGGAUAACCCCAGCUUCGAUUUCACGAUCCCUCUUCAUGGCAUCCGGAUCGUCCGGCCGCAACAACAACUCUGGCACCAAGGCGUUCGACUUCACCACGGCCGACGACAUUCUCUGCUCGUACGAGGAUUACGGCAGUCAGGACGGUUCUAACGGAAUUCACGCCGAUCCUGCAAUUGGGUCCAAUUCUGCCAAGGAAUUCCAUAAAAACAGGAUGGCAAGAUCAUCAAUAUUCCCUGCUUCUGCCUAUGGUCCUCCAGAAGAUUCUUUCAACCAAGAUGUGAUCUCUAGUGUUGAAAAGACCAUGAAGAAACAUACUGACAAUCUCAUGCGGUUUCUUGAAGGACUUAGUUCACGUCUAUCACAGUUGGAGUUGUAUUGCUACAAUCUCGAUAAAUCCAUUGGAGAAAUGCAUUCGGAUUUAGUUCGUGAUCACGGGGAGGCUGAUUUAAAGCUUAAAUCGCUGGAGAAGCAUAUGCAAGAGGUUCACAGGUCGGUACAGCUCCUAAGAGACAAACAGGAACUUGCUGAUACGCAGAAAGAACUCGCCAAGCUUCAGCUUGCACAGAAAGAAUCCUCUUCAUCCACCCACUCCCAGCAGAAAGAGGAGAAGGCUUCACCACCAGCUGCUGAUCCGAAAGCAACCGAUAACACUCCGGACAUGCACGGGCAGCAAUUAGCUCUUGCCCUGCCCCACCAAGUUGCCCCACAGCCUUCUCUCCCCAGCAGACCCAUGGAGCAACCUCAGCCUGUGGCACCCCCUCCAAGUGUGACCCAGUCUCAGGCAUAUUAUUACGCUCCACCCCAGAUGCCAAAUAUACCAACCCAAGGCCCGGCCCAAGCCCUAGGCCCAGCCCAGGCAUCUCAGGGUCAGUAUCUACAAUCUGAUGCUCAGUAUGGAGCUCCCCAAAUGCAACAGCCAGGACAAACGCAAGUAAAUCAGGCUCCACAGGUCCAUCAGUUACCUCAGUAUCAGCAGCAGUGGGCCCAGCAGUUACCUCAGCAUGUGGGACCACCACAGACAUCUAUGCAACCUCAGAUUCGGCCCCAGUCAACAGCAGUUUACCCUCCUUACCUUCCAAGUCAACCUCCAAACCCAUCCCCCGCUCCAGAGACGCUCCCUAGCAGCAUGCCCAUGCAAAUGCCCUAUCCUGGAAUUUCUCAACAGGGUGGAAGCCGGGUGGACACGAUGCCUUACGGUUACGGUGGGCCUGGGAGGACUGUCCAACAGCAGCAGCCACAGCAGCAGCCUCCACCUCAGCAGCUCAAGAGCAGUUUUGGAGUACAGCCGGGCGAAGGAUACACAGCUUCUGGAUCCCACCCUAGUCUCUCCCCUGGGAAUGCUUAUAUGAUGUACGAUGGGGAAGCCGGACGGACACAUCAUCCACCCCAACCACCACACUUCCAACAAGGCGGGUAUACCCCAACAAGUGUUCCUCUUCAGGGCUCACAGUCAAAUCCUAGUGGUUCUAGUCUUAUGGUUCGUCCACCUCAGUUCAUGCGAAACCAUCCCUACAAUGAGCUGAUUGAGAAACUUGUGAACAUGGGUUAUAGGGGUGAUCAUGUCAAUAGCGUCAUCCAGAGGCUAGAGGAGAGUGGACAGCCUGUUGACUUGCAUACCGUGCUUGAUAGGUUGAACGGACAUUCUUCUGGUGGUUCUCAAAGGGGAUGGUCUGGGUAAGUUCUUUUAUCUGUGCUGUAAAUUAUCCCUUUGCAGCAGCAAACAUUGCGUGGUUUUAGUAUAUCGCAUGUUGAAUAAAGGUUUUAUGUAAUUUGCACGGUACUUUGAUGUAUAUGGAGUAUGAGAGAUUGGGUCGUUAACAUAUCUAUGACCACUUUCCAAAGAUUAAGUCACUAGUUGUUAAAUACCAUUUGAUAUUUUGCUAUAGGAACUCAUUGUGUUUGUUAAUGUACUUUGGGAAGUCAUCUCUUGUUUGGCUUGAUCUCAUCAGAUGGAAUGGAAACUUUCAUAUUUGCGGUGGUUCA